AUGAAAACCGAAGGGAGACAAAUGCCUCAUAAAUCAACUAUUCUACCAUUUCUGAUUAAGUUCGCACCUAAUUCUCCUCAGUUCACCUAUGACUGUGAUCAAUGUUUAAAUGUUUAUGCCUUUGAUCUGGACCAUACAAUAAUAAAACCGAAGUCCCCAAAUGCAAAAUAUAGUAGAAGUGCAAAUGACUGGCAGUUCAUGAAUUUUGACUCUAAAAAAUCCACGCUGGAUUAUCUCUUUAGCAUCACUGAUAAUGAUCUGGCUGCUGUAAUAGUUAUAUUCUCAAACCAAGGUGGUGUCAUCACCGUCCCAAGAACCUCCAAAAGUUGCAGUAAGUAUAUUAAUAAGAUUUCACUUUUCUUAAAGGCAAUCGAAAACGACAAGAGGGGAGAAAAACUAUCACCUAGAUUGUGGAUAUAUGCAGCACCUAAAAGGCCGAAAACCGUUGUAACAAAUAACAAAAAGAUCACAUUCCCAAGUUUGUGUAAAAGUUAUAACAAUGAUCCUGAAAUAUUCGAAAAAGUUCGAAAACCAAUGACAGGAAUGGCAGAUUUUUUCAGAAUAGAUAUAACAGAUGCGUGUAGAGUUUUAAAAACGGUGCCUCCUAUCAAAUUGAAUUGGGUAUAUUAUUGUGGUGAUGCCGCUGGAAGGAAGAAUGACUUUAGUGAUUCUGAUAUAAAGUUUGCUGAGAAGUUGCAUGUUGAAUUUAAAUACCCUGAAGAGGUAUUUCAAGGAUGA